CCACGCCCCUUCCUUUCCCCCCCAGGUUUAUACUACGUGGACAGCGAGGGCCAGCGCGUGGCCGGCUCGGCGUUCGCCGUGGGCUCGGGCUCGUCGUACGCCUACGGCGUGCUGGACCGGGGGCUGGCGGAGCCGGUGGCCAGCGAGGAGGAGGCGCUGGCCCUGGCUCGCCGCGCCAUCUUCCAGGCGGCCACGCGCGACGCCUACUCGGGGGACAGCGUGCGCGUGCUGCAGGUGGGACCCCAGGGCUGGAGACAGGUGAGCUGCGACUGCGUGGCGCAGCUGCACGAGCGCUACGGGAAGUGAGGGGAAAACGGGGCAAAAACACGGGAAUUUGGGCAAAAAUAAAGUGGAAUUGAUCGGGAA